AUGGAGGAGACCCAUGUUCAGACUGGCAGUUCUCUGAGGCCUCUAAACAGAUACCUAAAGAGCUGGAUAAUGAAGAGGAGAAUGGGGAGAGGCUUAUUCUCAUCCUGGCUCCUUAUUCUUGUGCUGUUUGCUCCCAGGGAGAUCCUGACAGACUAUCACAAGCAUGAAUUGCAAUUCAUUGCAGUGGGCACAUCUCAAGGUCUAUUGGAGUUAAGUGCUAUUGCCUUCAUUGAUGACAUUCAAUGGGCUUCCUACGGCAAACCACUCCAGCAGAUAGAAGUGAAGUCUGCCUGGAUCUCUGAGGCUUUGGGGAGGAAAUUCCUUAAGGAGAUGCAAUACCAGAUGAUAGACCAGGAGGAAGGUUACCACCACUUCAUCCAGCACUUGACAAGAAAUGACAAGAGUAAGAGCAAUCGCACAAUGCAGUUUUAUCUAAAUUGUGAAUUAAAUGAAGAUAUUCCCUUGAGUUACCAUGUAAAGUAUGGUUUUGAGGGAGAAGAUUUCAUUGAGAUAAAUGAAAAAGGAAAAUGGAAGGUCCUGCACCAUUGGGCCCUGAGCUCUGAAAUCUUUUUCGAAAGUCCUGAAGUCUUCGAACUUUUAAAUAAGAUAUAUUGUAUUGGAGUCAUGCAGAAAAUCCUUCAGAAGUCAAGAAUGACAGAGAAUUUACCACCUGAAGUGUAUGUGUCCCGCCAAGAAUUCCCUAAUGGCACCAUCAGCUUCUCCUGUACAGCCACAGGCUUCUAUCCACGAGCUAUCCAGAUAUCCUGGAAGAAAGCUGAUAAUGGAACUAUAUUGGGGAAAGAGAGCUCUAGCAACAUACUUCCCCAUUCUGAUGAUACCUUUUAUCUUCAAAUUUCCCUGGAGAUCCAGCCAGGAGAUACUGGGACAGGUUAUGCUUGUGUGGUGGAGCACAGUCAGCUGGAGACACCAGCUGUGUACCCUGUUCCUGAGGAACCCUCCAAGUGGAGUAUUUGGAUUGUUGUCCUGAGUAUCCUGAUAGCAGCCGUUCUGAUAAUUAGCUGUUUUGUAAUCUUCAGGAGAUGGAGGAAGACGUGGUCAAGUUUGUACCGUUAG